ACGGAUUUCACGCGAGAGUAUUCGAGAUUUGCUGCAGCCGGGUGUUUCAUUCAUCUCGACGAGGUUUAACGAUGACUACACCAGAAGUACGUCUGAACCAUACGAUCUACAUCAACAACUUGAAUGAGAAAAUCAAAAAAGAUGAGUUGAAGAAGUCGCUGUACGCCAUCUUCUCCCAGUUCGGCCAGAUCUUGGACAUCUUAGUGGCCCGGAAUUUAAAGAUGAAGGGGCAGGCCUUUGUUGUAUUCAAAGAGGUUAAUAGCGCUUCCAAUGCGCUGAGGUCGAUGCAGGGCUUCCCCUUUUAUGACAAGCCCAUGCGGAUUCAAUAUGCCAAGCAGGACUCCGACAUCAUCGCCAAAAUGAAGGGCACAUUUGUCGAGCGUGAGCGUAAGAAGGAAAAGAGAGUGAAGCCGCCCAAACCGGAGGGAUCAAAGAAAGGCUCAGGGAUGGCUCCUGGCAUGGCUGGAAUGCCUCCUAUGAGCCAGGCUCCUCGCAUGAUGCAUAUGCCAGGUCAGCCUCCUUACAUGCCCCCACCCGGAAUGAUGCCUCCUCCAGGAAUGGCGCCUGGCCAGAUGCCCCCUGGUGCCAUGGCUGGUCAAAUGAUGGGAGGCCAGAUGCCUGGACAAAUGCACCAGCAGAAGGUUUCCGAGAAUCCUCCGAAUCACAUCCUCUUCCUCACCAACCUGCCAGAGGAGACCAACGAACUUAUGCUGUCCAUGCUCUUCAACCAGUUCCCUGGAUUCAAAGAGGUCCGUCUGGUUCCCGGUCGUCACGACAUCGCCUUCGUGGAGUUUGAUAAUGAAGCGCAGGCUGCUGCGGCGCGAGAGGCCCUCCAAGGUUUUAAGAUUACACAAACGAAUGCCAUGAAGAUCUCGUUUGCUAAAAAGUAAAGCUCUUCAAAGAAGUCGUCUCCUCACAAAUGACAUCAGUGAACAGGACAUGGUCUUUUGCUUUUAUUUUUUCUACUGGGAAACAUGUAAGUAUGCUCAUAUAGGACUUUAUACUGUUUUUUUUAUUUUCUUUUUAAUAAAACCUGAAAGCAUUGCACCUGGGGUCUGCUCUGUCAGACAUUGUACCCGGAGCUUUUUUUUUUUAAUAAAUGGACAUUCUGACUUCCA